CCGCCACUAACAGAGGAUCGAGUUUCGCACUGUGGAGUUGACGUGGCUUUAGUGUUGUGCUGGCACCGCAUCCGGGACGAUAUUUGAAGUGAACAAUUCCAAAUUCCCAGCUCAAUAAAAUAGGGGGCGCUCUGGAAGCUCCAUUUUUUUCAACUAGGGCGUCGUCACUGCCGACUGCAGAUCAUCCCUCUAGCAUAUUCGGCUUUUAGUUGGACCGCUGUAAGCGGCCGUUGGACGUUGAGUCAACGGCGGAAGCAAAUUGGUCGAGAACCAUUGUUGCCACUUACUGCCAGAAAAGGGGUCAUUUCCACAGAGAAAUGCCGGCUAACUUAUUUGGAACUCCUCUUUCUGAUACCUACUCCGUCUGGAACACUUGGCAGCCGACCCAGUCCAUGGGUGGUUCGCGUUACCGGUUCCUGCAGCCGAACCUUCCUUGGAAGCUCGUACCUCAAUAUUUUUGUCUGAAUGAAAAAGAGACAAUUCUUAAGGUCCACUGCCCAGACAUGGAUAUAUCAGGAACAGACACUCUGUUCUCGGGGACCCCGCGUGGCGGUGAGGAUUCGACUACAGACGCGGUGAGGAAGCUCUUGAAAAAUGACUCAGAAUUCCCAGCGUCUUGCAGUGCUACAGGGGAAGAAUUCCAUUUCGGUCGUUCAGCAGACGACUGCACAGAACCUCACGGACCAGCAUUCUCUGCACAGACCACGCUACCAACAUCUCGUUCUGCGGUCGUUGGAGGCGACCGUGAAGACCAUCCAGAAGCGUUGUCCACCGUCAGAUCGCUGUUGGAGAAGAUGAGUGGCGACCCGCAUCGGCAAGAGGCAUCUGAGGAAGUCCCGGCGGCGUCCAUCCGGUCGCCAGCUGACGAGACAACGAAACACAUGAGAGACAGUCGGAUGCUGAACGUGGACGACCAACACUUGGAGCUUCGAGAUGAACCUACGCAUGAGCGUCCAGCUGCACUAAGCAGCUCUACACCAGCGUCCCGACGCCCUUCUGGAGGUGUUCUGGACGAAAUUGAAGACGCGAUGAUCGCUGAAGAGGCGAAGUGCGAGUCCACAUCCGGAUCCUCUGUGCAGCCCCCCGGUGGUCAGCAGUUACUGGUGGAGCUCGGGGAAAUGUUUCGCCGAAAGCAAGAGCUGCCAUUCGAUGUUCAGCUCCUCGCCGCGGCACUUGAGCCUACCAAGAACGACGUGGAUGUAACAAGCCGCGGUUCUUUCGAACGGAGGACUCCAGCAGACAGUCGGGAAUAUUAUACGCAAGGCUCCUGCGCUGAUCCCCAGGGACCCUUGCCCAAUAGAGGCGAGGAGUGUUGCAGUCGACAAGAGAACUCCCAAGAAGGAGGCCUGGAAAAUGUAUGCUUCGAUCCGACAGUGAAUGGCGACGACAUGUUGCCACGACGUCGGAGCCACGCUUCCUGUUCGCAGCACACCGCACCGGAGAACGAGCUUCAGUCCGGCCUCGAGAUUCUUUUGCAAGCUGGCGCCGUGUCUGGCAACAGCACAGAGGGACUCGACAGCAGCGGCAGCACGCGAUCUGAAGCGUCCGUCUCAGACUACUCGCCCUCACCGUCCUGCGAACUUCCUGGGAACCUGUGUCCCUCUCCGAUACAGGAAGCCCAUCUGGAACGAGACGGCGUGCCCAAGGAGAGUGAGGCUGCUGCAGAUACAGAAGUCGACAGUGCUGGAGACCGGCCUUGCGCUGACCACGAAAGUGCUGAGCACCAACACACUCCUCCAACGGAGGCUGGAAUCAGAGGACACCAACUGCAAGAUGUCGGGGCGCCGACCGAGGCUCGAGCAGAGGACAAUAAGAAGCUGAACGCGGAGCCUCUGGACUACCACGCCAUGCAUCGCGCGCUGCCCAAAGUCACUGGUGUACGCUUUCAGGCUCAGCGCAACCGCUUCGUCGCGGAGUGGUACGAACAAGGUCGCACAAGAAUGGCGUACUUCCCUGUGAAACUCUAUGGAUUCGAGCGCGCAAGGCACUUGGCGAUUCGGUGCCGGGAGGAGGUUCUCCAAAUGAAAAACGCCAAGCGUGGCGCCUACGGGGAGACUCCGGCGUCGCAGCCGCCUACCACUCGGCGAAGGAAUGGUGCGGUUGAUGGAGAAAGCGUGAAUGAAGAGAACCCAGCGUUGAAACGUCGACGCGUAGGCGGAAACAUUGCAAACCCCUGUUUAAGUAGACAAGGCGGACCGGGUUUUGAUUCUUCGUUGCUGCCUGUUCGCUCGCGGACGUUCCCUGCCCCGGCAUCAGCAAACCAUCGUGAGCUUCUUGCCGUGGGAAAGGACAUUCGUAGGGGAUUCUCUAAUGAGGAGCGCCGCGCGUCGGCCUUGCGGUGGAACGAAGGCGGCCAGGUAGACUCAGCAGCAGACAUGAGCCUCCACGCCGUGCACGGACAUUCUCUCCUCGAUCUCAGCACCGAAUACAACGUCAUGGGUUUUGAAGGUGUCAGCGAGGAAGCCGAGGAACAGCGUGCCAGUGCAGUCGAACACGACAGCUUGCACGAGCUCCUCAAAGGCUCUAGGCUGACAGCAACAUCCAGAGAAGACUUCUCGGCAGCAGCUCGCUCCUCUGCAGAGCCUUUUGUCUCGAGACAGACUCACAGAUCCCCGAAAAGCGAAGGCUUGACGUCGCGACUGAACUCAGUAAACUACGGUCGGCGGCAGUCUCGUGAUUCUGCUCUGAAGGGGGAGGGUCUCGUCGAAAGCAGACGCGCUGACUGGGAAAUGUCGUCGCUGCUUUCAACAUCACCCGAGAGGUCGUUGUCCUGGACACAAGAAUCGAACCAGCGUCCAUCGCGAAACAUGCACGAGCGACAGCAACGAAAUGGAAUGACGCUUCACGCGAACAGCUCUAGCUGCAGUUCCGCUAGCGCCGGUCUGGGUGUUGACCCCAAUGUCUUGCUGACACUCCUUCUCGGAACAGAGACGAGCCGGGAGAAACAGGCCACCGUCGAACACGCACUGCAGUCGUUGACAGGCAGCCUUGAGCAGCCUUUUGCUAGCGCUCGCGGCAUGGGAAGACAGCGGGUGCAGCACGUUGCAGAAUCUGGAGAGGAUGAUUCUUCACUGGCUUCCGAACCGGAGUUCUCGAGACUACCGAAUCUCGGACCAGAGGACGUGGCAACGUCUAGCAGGCGGAGCGUCCGGCGAGUGCCGUAUUCGAAGUCGACUGCCCACUUCGAGGCCCCCACUGAGAGCGCCUGCUCGGAAGCAAAAGUCUUAGACGAAAGUUUGCUUCUAGCUAAGGCAGCAGUCAGCGUCAUCUUGACCGACCUGCUUGAGAAGUGCAUUCCACGGUUAAUAACCAUGGGGAAGGAAAGCACAGAUGAAACUGCCCUGCAGCUUCGCCGCGGUUUCCUGACAUCCGUGGUGAUGCAGGCUUGGCGGGCCGUGCAGGACGCUCAGCGUAUCGACCAGCUCUACCCGCUUCUGGCGGUCUGUCGACGCACUAUUGUCGCCGGAGAGCUUCCCAGCUCCUCGAGUUUUCUGUGCAACUCUUCGAGCGUGGAUUGGCGGCGACGAGGCCGGUAAGGCGGGCCAGGGUAACUCCCAGAGCCAGAGGAGAGUUACAGGACACCGGAGGUCAGUACACCUUGACAAGAAAACAUUCGAAAUGCAGCACGACCGUCCUCGAGGCCAACGCAGCAGCGAAUGCGCAGGUUGGGCUGUUUUCUGCAGAAGGUCUGAACUCGAGAGAUCGCGAAUGAAGUCGGGAACGCGCGACCUCCCUGCCUUCUGAACAGCGUUUUUCUCGGAGAUGGCAAGAUCUAGGCGCGCCGCAUGAGGUCCGUGUAGGAGCCUAGUGGCAGUUCACAGCGUGUCCAUGUGCCCGUUGACUCUCCUGAGUUCCCGUAUUGGCCACGCCUCUUAGAUGUUCGGGCGCGCGCUCUAGUGAAGCACGAUUUUUAGAGCCUUCCCCGAGGCGUUUCAUUCGCAAAGCCCACUGGAGGAAAACAACCGAACUGUCAGGGUUUCAGCAGAGUCGGCGAAAGCGACGACCGUGCGUGGAGAGCCUAAGUGGAGACGAAGUUGACUAUCUUCAUCGUUCUGUCCAGCCCUCGAUGGGCGAAUCGGAGUCUCAGUGUGAGGUCUUCGAGGCUACGUAUGUGGAAAGAAAAGGUUUCAAGGCCGCACAGGGUCUUGUGUGAGAGGAUCGUGGUCUUCCCAAACGAAGCAAAAAGUUACGGAGCUGCACAACCGGAAGAGGCUUCUCACGGUCCUUCUCCGGACAGGAAUAUCAGGAGUCAGCCUCCUGUUUUCUUUGUACCGUAUCAACAGCAGGAACCAGCAGCCCACAAUUUUGGACUGCGUUGUCACGCCCAAGCUGAGCACUAAAUGGGCCUGACCCACCAGGAAAAGGACCGUCUGACCUCUGAGGGUCGAGUUGGUCAACGUUCGGAAGCUCUGAAUAUUUGUGGUCCCCGGCCGCGGUAUUCGAUUUUACAAUGUCUUCUGAGACGCUCGGUGCUAAAUACUACAUCCUUACGUGUUGCACCGCUUUCGCGUGAUGAAUGAGAAACACUGUUCCUCCUUUAGUUGUGGACACAAACGCACGUGAGUCUCGAUUUCGUUCUGUCGGAUGAUUCUGACAGUCGGUUUCGAUAGCUGGUCGGCACGUGAGAAGUCUGCCCCACUGCCAGAGUUCGACACUGGAAGUGCUUGUCCACUGUGUCGAUGGCCGAGGCGAUGCCUCCAGAAUGUGUAUUACGCGCAUUGCUCAAAAAACCAGCGGCAUGCUGAGUGUCCAUGCUGUCUCUCGGUUUCCCUGCAGCUAACUCAGUGAUUUGCGUCACUUUGUAAAUCGCUGCCCUGUAGCCGUGUGUCACCACUGGUGUUUCCAAUCGUAAGAGGUGGGGGCGCAACAGUGUAGCCGGCUGUAGAAGCCACACGGUGUUCCAUCUUUGGCAUUGCAAAUAACACUUGCUGUGAAGUCGGAGGUCCAGGCAUCUGCAGCAGUUUUGAAAAUCGUCCAAGCCAUCCAUUGGAUGCUGGUACAAGCAGUUGUCCGUGUGUACGCUGCCUCGCUUGGGACUAGAUGGUCCACGGUUUCUGAUGCCGGUCUGGGGGACCUAGAGAGUCUGCAUGGUGUCCCGCACCGCAGCAGGCGAGAGUUAACGUUGCGCGCCUGUGUGUUCUUGGCCGUCCCUGCAAAAACUUCCUUGAACAGUAGAAAGACUUUUUUCGGAUCGAAACGAUAACGCCACUUCGGUAACUUGAACUGACACCAUCUUCAAGAGACGCCAUCAGACCCGUCAGCCGGUGGGCCUCUCUGCAACCCGUGGAAUUCAUUCAUCCGUUAAACGGUACACCCGGCCCAAGUGUGGGCUGUUCAACAGCAAAAGAAAGUUUUCGAAGGGUCGAGCGUCGCUGUGGAAACUGGUUCUACACUCUCGUUUAGCUUCCAGUCGCUGUAAGAGAAGCCUAUUUCCCUGAGCACCCAGCGUCGGGCCCAAUUCCCUUUUACAGAACUCGGUGUUUAGUUCCACUGUAGGCCACCCAUCGUUGCGGGGCUCUUCACCUUUUUUGAAACUUGCAAAGAGGAACGGAGGUAUCACACAUGGGUCGGCUCAGUGGGAGAUGACCAAGUCAAUAUCAUCGUGUAUGUAGAGCUUGUCUGCAAAUGCUGGUUUUCAGAUGUACGCUGGAUACCCAUGUACUUCAGACGCGUAACACAGUGGUCACCAAAAGCACUGAUUCGGUGCGCGCGCCUUAACCUGGUCCCGCAGCGACGGCGUCGCUGUCAACAUUGCGGCCCUGUUGCUGGAAUCCUUAGGAUUCGAGAAUGUCUGAGAAAUUGACAGAUUUCUGGAAGCAAAGACGUGAUUCGCACGACUGACACACCACGCAGACGACGCACUGUAAGUCAAAUGAGGCCAUGCUAUUUACCUGAAUGUACAGCGGUAGCCGCCUGAAUGAGAAAACACCAAACUGUACAGCUAGCAAGCAAGGCCAUAUCACUCUUGUCUGCAGAUAGGUGGAAGUGUUGCAGCCGACGCCAGCUCCAGUCAAACUCCCUGACGGAGGAUUAAGAAACAGUCUUUUCUUCGAUUUCUUCUCCAGCUUGGCCUGACACGUAGUCCCCUGAUGGUAUCGAACCGAGAAUCACUCGAAUUUCUUAAGACUCCUUACCCGCUUCUGAAGAACGGGGUGGAAAACGCUGUCGUCGGCUUCCCUUGGACUUCUCGAGUAUAGCACAGAGCAGUCACCAAGAAGACGAUGGAAUGGAGACUUUUCCCUCCGGUAAAGAGAGCUAGUCUCUCGCUCAUAAAAGUCCUUUGGUUCAAGAACGAACGGUGAAGGCAUGCUCCGACGAAGGUCUUCACGGUCCUCUCUCGCACCUCAGCACUUUCAACUGGUAAGAAGCCCAUCGACGAGCCUAAAAAAUCAGUUUCAUCAUUUAGUCCGGUUUAUGUAAUUGUUGCCUGAAAAGGUGUUGCGCCUGCUUUAUCGAUUGUAACUGCUGCUUCUGGUCGUCGGACAAAAGCUGGCGUUGAGCCGGCCGAAGAUGCCUGCCGCGACGCAGACUGCGGUUGUCAGCAAACGCGAGAUAUUCGCGCCAAGCCUCAGUGAAAAGCUCCAGUUGUUUCGAAACCUUUUCUGCCUCGGUCACUUCCCGAACCCAAGGCGCUUGGUUUUCAGGUGAUGCCUUCUCACACCCCGUCGGGUGCUUCUCUGCUUGUCUAAAUCGCCCUUUCCCUGAGAAAAUCUCUUGAACAGCGAUGCUCGGGAUGCACCCUGUACCCCGUUGGAUAGGAAGCGCGUCGUUUCCGGCGUUAGACGACCCGUCCGAAAAUCCACCUUCAGGCCGCGGACUGUGUGAGCCUUUGCUAUUCGUAGGUUGAAGUGCGACUUCUGGACCACCAGUGUAUUGGCACUCAGACGCAGAGGCGAUAGCACUAGCGGCUUCGGAAGCUGCAGCCAUAUGAGAACGGAAUUCAGCACGAGCGAACUUGUCCGCCAGAUCGCGCAUGGGUGCCGAGCCGAGUUGCGUUCUAUGAACUCGUAACACUCGUCGAUAGAGUUGAACAGCUUCACCCAGCUGGAGUUGAAGCCGGUCAAACAGAGGUACAAGAAUUUGCGACGCCAUUGUGAACGAGGCAAAUGUGCACGGGUUGACAACUGGGAAAAAGCACGGAGCUAUGGCGAGUGUUUCACGUCGAAGAGGCGCGGCGGUCGCUGCCAACACUGGGUGUGCCUGCGUAUCUCGAUUUUCCUAUCCUGCGUUCACUCUCGUACACCCAUUUAGCCCUUUGGAAAAGGAAAAACUCUCGUGCCAUAAUGUGUGAGUUAGCUGUCGUUGUUAAGCGAUGUCGCACACACAGCGGAGCUUCCUGUUCGUCUCAGCAGUUGACAUCUGGAUGAACAGUGACGCUUGACCUCGAAUGGAGCACCAUGCGCGGUGGACUGUCCACACGACAGCUGGAGGGACGCCGCUCCUUGCUGGUUUUCCCGUUGACCGAAAGUGCCGUAGAAAGCACCGAUAUAUAUUGGUGUUUGUUUGGCAGCUGAAAAAGUCGGAUUUCCCCACCACGGAUGAGAACAGUGGCCGCAUGCGCGCCGCGUUUUUCCUUCGAAAUUUCACCCUAAAAACGGUUUGACAGAACGGAGAUAAAUCUGCUGGAGCAGUUUCAGAGCAACGGGCUGAAACAGUGUGGCAUGUUCACACCAAACAGAUUUCGGACAUACACAAACCAAUGCCACAGGUUAACAGGUCGAUCCGGAAGUCAUUGACCCCACUCAAACCGUCUGGCAUUCGCGAGCCUCGAUGACCGUGCGGAUGAAAGAAUUAAUACAGUCCGCAUUCUUCUGGAAUGCGUCUUGUACAAACUUUAAGCGCUUAUGUGGCAGGCAAUUAACAACUGGGUCUUGAG